AUAAUUAAUCAGAUCAUGUAUCAUCAAAACUGGAACGAUACAUUAGCUGUGAUCCAUGGUUGCUUUGGCUGGCAUGUGAUCUACAACAUCCCGGCAUGGCGGCAUUACAUUGCAACUUCUAUUAAUUAUUGUUUCUAUUGGAUUUAUUUGCCAUCGAUUACUUUUCUUGAUGAUGCAAUUUGAGACAGGAGAGAAAGAGAGAAGGGGAGAGGAGAAGAGUAUUGUAUUAGGCCGAGGUUGACUGGGGAAGCUGGCAACUGCUGGUGCUUGGUUUAAACUUUUGCGAGUACAGAGCAGCGCACAAACCAACACUCCUUCCCUACUCCCUCUUGCUUCUGCCUUCUGCUGCAUUGGUCCUCUGGCCUGGCCCUUUGCGUCGCUCUUUGCCUCGUGCGCGUGUCAGAGGGAAAGAGCAAGGAGGAGACUUUCGUUGAUCGCAAAAUCGAAUCUUUUCGGCCAUAGGGAGCUCCUCCGAGGUCCCAUUUGCUUGUCGCUAGCCGCUAGCCGCUUCCUUGUCCCAUCUUCCGGGGCGUGCUCUCGGGUGAAGCUCGAGUAUUGGUGACUGACCCUGCAAAAGGGAAUUUUUGUUUGUUUGUUUGCUUGUAUUUCUUGUUUUUGGGUUUUCGAACCCUUAAAUGGAGGGAUUUUGACCCGAGGCGGAGGAGGAGGAGGAGGAGGAGGAGGGUCGCUCUUUGCAGGUGUUCCUGCUUUGUGAGUGAUAAAGCGGAAGGAACCUUGAUAUUGUUGGUAGAUGUGUGCAAGAAAGUCGAGAUUUUGAUAGGAGAUUAUUCGGAGAAAUGCCUUUUGAUGCCCUUUUGGAUUAAGUAUUAGAAGAAACUAUCAAGAAGCAGGGAGGAGUCUGGUUCGACUUUGGCUGGAGUUUUUUUUGCUGCGUGAUGCUAGAAAUUGGAGGUACAUACUGAGAAAAUAAAGCUGUGGAAUGUCGACCAUCGUGCCAGAAACACGGUCUUUGGCAUUGACGCCCACAUGGUCGGUGGCUGCUGUCUUGACAAUCUUCGUCGCUGUUUCUUUGUUGGUGGAGCGAUCCAUUCACCGUCUCAGUAAGUGGUUGAAGAAAACACGUCGGAACCCACUUUUUGAAGCACUAGAAAAAAUGAAGGAAGAAUUAAUGCUGCUUGGGUUUAUAUCACUGCUACUGACAGCCACCUCAAGGAGUAUCUCAAAAAUUUGUAUUAAUUCAAAGUUCUAUAGUGGAAAAUUCUCACCAUGUACUAGAGCUGAAGUUGAUGAUACAGUAAAAACUGAAAAUGGUCCAGCUAAGGACCACAAACUUUUGGGUAUUUUUCAUCAUCUCUCCAUUAAAAGUACCUUGUCCGAGCACAAUCCAAAGACCUGUUCAGAGGGUCAUGAGCCUUUUGUUUCUUAUGAAGGCUUGGAGCAGCUACACAGAUUUAUAUUUGUCAUGGCAAUAACUCAUGUAUCGUACAGCUGCUUAACAAUGUUGCUUGCCAUUGUAAAGAUACAUACAUGGAGAAACUGGGAAGAAGAAGCUCGUAGAGAUCAGUAUGAUGCUUAUGGUGCGGAAAUAACCAGAGCAUUGACAAUGAGAAGGCAGUCAAGCUUUAUGAAGUUGCACUCGUCAAAUUCUUGGAGCAGAAAUAGCUUUGUCAUUUGGGUGACUUGUUUCUUUCGUCAGUUUGGAAAGUCGGUCGUACGGGCUGACUACCUUACCCUUCGUCGGGGUUUCAUCUUGAACCACAAUCUGACACCAAGAUAUGAUUUUCAUAGUUACAUGAUACGCUCUAUGGAAGAAGAGUUUAAAAGGAUUGUUGGUGUAAGUGCACAAUUGUGGGGUUUUGUCGUUGCCUUUAUGCUGUUCAACAUCAAUGGAUCUAAUCUUUAUUUCUGGAUAGCUAUUAUUCCUGUUACGCUUGUCCUCUCGGUGGGUGCAAAGUUGCAGCAUGUUAUCGCAACUCUAGCACUGGAAAGUGCUGGCUUAAGUGGAUUUGGCGCAAGAUUAAAUCCUCGAGAUGAUCUAUUUUGGUUCAAGAAACCAGAGCUUUUGUUAUCCUUGAUCCAUUUCAUUCUUUUCCAGAAUGCCUUUGAGCUUGCUUCUUUCUUCUGGUUCUGGUGGCAGUUUGGAUACGACUCGUGCUUCAUCAAGAACCACUUUCUGGUGUAUUGCCGCCUUAUCUUGGGAUUUGCCGGUCAGUUCCUCUGCAGUUACAGCACAUUGCCCUUGUAUGCGCUUGUUACACAGAUGGGAUCGAACUACAAAGCUGCGCUUCUUCCGCAAAGUAUCAGGGACACGAUCCACGGGUGGGGGAAAGCAGCAAGGAAGAGGAGAAAGCAUCGGCGCGGAGUCGAUGAGUCCACAAUCCACACGGAGACAAGCACUGUUUGCUCCAUUGAAGAAGAUGAAGAGUUUCUCGAGGACCCAAAUUCAUACAUGCAACUGGAGUUGCAGCCGCCUUCAAUUCCUCCGACCACCACUUCGACUGUCGAACACCCCAGCGCAGCUGGCUAUGGGGAUUCUAGCUACAGCAAUGCCCAUCUACCUCUCCUCCAUUCCAUAUCUGUCCCUUCUUCCCCGGCUCUCUCAGAGAGAGGAAAUGGGAUAUCGAGAUGUGCUUCUAUGCCGAUAUGGAGAGCAUCGAGAGAUGCUGAAAGAGACUCAGUAAAUAAGAGAUAGAAGGAGAAAGAGCGAAUGUAUAUGCUGUUAACUUAGGUGGUUGUUCUAAGAAUUUGAAAGUGUUGUCUUGCAGUUGUGUUUAAGCACUAGUGAUACAAUUGACCAAACUUGCUAAAAAUGAUCAGAUGUUUGAUUGCAGUGCUUGAGAUCAUCCUCUUCUAUUGUCCAGUAGAAUGUACAAAAUGUCUAGGCUGGGUCAUUGGCUUGUUUGAAGAUAUAGUGUUUGCUAGAACUUAAUAAGUGCUACAAAGGGCAGGACAAUUUGGUACGUGAAGUUCUUGUCAAUUUAUACGGGAACAUGAGAAAGGAUUUAAUCACAUUAGGUCUA